AGACGCCAGUUGAGUGAGUUAUUUACUUGUGUACAAGUAAAUGUACGGUGCAGUAUAGUGCAGUAUGAUAUGCUGACGAUCAAUGGCUGCUCGUUCCUGGACAUAUCCAUAUCUAUACAACUUGCGCAUUCUGACCAUUGUCAUUAUAUCCCUCCCCAUCCUUCCAAUAAAUAUAACAUGAAGAUGCAGCCAACCUCAUCGUCUAUCAUCAUCCUCCCCAUCGAGCUCCUCCAGCUGAUCCUCUCUUACCUACCGGACAUCACGUCCCUCCAAGCGGCCGUAUCCAGCCAUCCGGCCUUCUACGACGCCUUCCGCAUGGGCCGCAGCAUGGUCGUGACCGAAAUCCUCACGAGACUGGUCACAGUGGAGCUGCUCCCCGAAGCGGUGGCCGUGUUUGAGGCCUGGUGUCGAUGGCCCUGCACGAGGGAGGAUUGCCGAGAGGUCAUGGAUCGGUUUGUUGAGAUGCAUAAGAACAAAGAGAAAAGCAGAGGCUUCUUGGUUGUUCCGGCUCCGCUCUCCCUCUACGAAGCAUCCGCCUUCCAGCGAGUCCAUCAAGAUGUCUCGUUUUUUGCGGAGAGGUUUGCUUUGUCUGCGCUGGAUGCUCUGCAGCAGCUGUCUACUAGUAGUAGUACUACUACUGCUGUCUGGCAGCCAGCUCCAGUAUCGCCCCUCGAAUGGCGACGUAUCCAGCGUGCAUUCUACAGAUUUCAUCUGUAUUGCCUGCUUUGUCGACAGCUGGAUUUGGAUUAUCAGAGAGAGGGGCCUGCUGCUUCCGCCGCUGCUGAGAGAUCCCUCCUCCCCUGCCAAGUCGAGUAUUUUGUCCAACGGUUCUCGCCCUGCGAAAGGGAGCAGAUAGCCUGCGUGUGUGAUUUUCUGUUCGAGGUGUUGGAGGAACGUACGUACUGCACCUACAGCACCUGA